AAUAUUUAAAUAAAAAAAAUAUAAUAAAAAAUAAUUUAAUAUGAAAUGACAAAUUUAAAAAGAAAGUGUACAAUAAUCUUUAGAUAACAAACGCGUGUUUAAUUACUUUAUUUACUUUUCCUGGUCCCACAGGCAUUAAUUUUAGAGAUGGAACGCCCUAAAAAACGCUGCAAAAAUUGUCCCUCACCUGAAAACCUACCUACACCGAACAAAUCGUCGUCAAUGGCAUCCCUUCACCGGCACGAAGACGACGUAACCCUCGACUCUGCCCCUUACUGCUUUCACGACAUGCACAGUUUCGACGUCUACGGCUCAGAUUCCGAAUCCCCAAUGUCCAAUCUUGGCCUCGGUGGCCCUCAAAUCACAGCCCUCCGUCAACGCCACCCCAAUCGAAUUCGAGGGUCUGACGACAUUUCUGGGUUCAAUUCGAUCUCGAACGUCGAUUUCUUCGACUGCCACAGCCAGGUAAACUUCGUCAUGGACUCGUUUCAACAACGUGUUGAACAAUCAUUGUCGGUUGUAGGAGGUGAUAACGAUUUCGCGUCGAAUUUGGACCUGAAUUUUGGAGUUAUUGAAGGAAAUGAGGAAAUGUGUUCGAACCAUUUGGAGCUAGAUCUGGGUUUAGGUUUAGGGUUAGGGUUUUGUAGGGAUUGGCAUGGUUUGGCCGAGGAUGAUGAUGGUUGUGGGUUUAUGGUGGCUAAUCCUAGUGAUGACUUCUUUAUGUCGGGAAGGGGCUCUGUGUCUGAAUCGUGCGAGUCAUCCACCGUUUCCGGUGAUGCGGAUCAAUUUUUGGGUAAUAUGAGGGUUGUUGGGAUCGAUUCAGAUUCGGAAGAGGAUGAAAUUGGAGUUUUAGGGAUUGAUUUGAAUUCAGAGGAUGAUUAUAAUGUAUGGGAUGACAAUACGGGCCUUGGGAUUCAUUUGGAUUCACUUCAAUUUCAUUUGGAUUCGUUUCCAUUGGAGGAUCAAAGGAAUGGGAAUGAAGGUUUUGAGUGGGAGGAAGUGGAUGGUAGAGUUAACGAAAGAGAAGUAAUGAGUAUGUUCUUUGCUGAUAUUGAUGAAGAUUUGGACGCAUUGGUUUCAGAUCUAAUUCGGUCCCAAGAAGAAGGAUUGUUAAAUGUUCACAAUUUCGAGUCCAACACAGAACUAGAACAUGAGAUUGUGCCUUACUUGGAGGAUCAGGACUACGAAAUGAUAUUUGGGCAAUUAACGGAGAAUGAAAAUGCUUUCGUGGUUAGGCCAUCUGCUUCAACAACUAUUGUUAAAAAUCUUCCAUCGGUGGUCUUGACUCAAGAAGAUUUGGAUAACAACGACGUACUUUGUGCAGUUUGUAAGGAUGACAUUAAUGCUGGUGAACAAGCAAAGCAGCUACCAUGUUUCCACCGUUACCAUGGGGACUGCAUUCUACCGUGGCUGAACAUUCGGAAUACUUGUCCUGUUUGUCGGUAUGAAUUGCCCACAGAUGAUCCUGAUUAUGAACGUAGAAGGACCCAAAGAGCUGAUUGUGUCCAGUGAAGGUAUUAUAAUGUUAUAUACGGUUUUGAAGUUUAUAUUGAGCAUUAGCUUUUGCCAAUUGUAGAUAACCUUUUUGGUAAAAGGCCCAUUUUCCGAUUUGUGGAUAUUGACAUUCUUUGUAAUUCUUUAUGUGAUUAUUGAGUUGAUUAGAAUGUAGUGUAGCUAGGUUGCAAACUUGGGAAACUCGCAACUUUUCAAUGAUUUAUAAAUGGUUGUUUUUAUAUUUCUUUUUU